AUGGCCAACUUCCUCGCCUCCAUUUUCGGCACAGAGCUGGACAAGGUCAACUGCUCAUUCUACUUUAAAAUCGGCGCGUGCCGUCACGGUGAUCGCUGCUCUCGAAAGCACGUCAAGCCGUCAUACAGCCAGACGAUUCUUAUGCCCAACCUGUACCAGAACCCGGCAUACGACCCCAAGAACCGAAUGAACCAGUCUCAGCUCCAGAACCACUUUGACGCCUUCUACGAGGAUAUCUGGUGCGAGCUUUGCAAGUACGGCGAGCUCGAGGAGCUCGUUGUCUGCGACAACAACAAUGAUCACCUCAUCGGCAAUGUCUACGCCCGUUUCAAGUACGAGGAAUCCGCCCAAAAGGCCUGCGACGAGCUUAAUAGCCGCUGGUAUGCUGCGCGCCCCAUUUACUGCGAGCUCAGCCCCGUUACCGAUUUCCGCGAGGCCUGCUGUCGCCUUAACUCAGGCGAAGGUUGCGUUCGUGGCGGCUUCUGCAACUUUAUCCACCGCAAGAACCCCAGCGAGGAGCUGGAUCGCGACCUGCAGCUUAGCACAAAGAAGUGGCUCAAGCAGCGCGGUCGCGACGAGAAGAGCGUGAGCCGCUCCCCGACGCCUGAACCUACGAGGCGACGAUACUAG